UUUUGGGCAGGAGGAAUCGGCAUUGCCAGUGCCAUUCAUGCAACAUCUGCUGUUCCGUUUUUAUCUUGAAACAAUUCCUGCAAAACCUAAUGUUAAUCAUGAAUCUCAGAGCUGUUUGGGUAAUCAGGGUCACAUUCAGGUUGUAAUUAUGCAAUGUCGCGUGGCUUCAUACUCUCCAUCUAUAUAUCUCUAUCUUUUGCAGAGCUGCAUUGCUAAGAAGGCCUUGGCAGAUGGUAAACUCAUUCAUGCCCACAUUUGUAAGAUGGGAAGCCAGACACCCAUAAUCGUUCAAAACACCCUUGUCAACAUGUAUGUCAACUGUGGAACUCUGGCGGAAGCUCGCAGAGCUUUUGACCGUAUGACUGAUCGGGAUGUGCAUUCGUGGACUGUGAUUAUUUCAGCUUAUGUAAGACAGAGAGCAUUGAAGGAGGCAUUGAUGCUGUUUCAGAGAAUGCAAGGAACUGGUGUGCAGCCCAAUCACUUCACCUUUGCCAGUGUUCUUCCAGCAUGCGAAUCCCUCAAACAGGUUAUGGAAAUCCACGAGAAAGUCAUUAUAAAUGGGGUUCUUUCUGAUAUUGUUGUUGUCAAUGCGCUCAUUGACACAUACGCAAAAUGGGGUGGUGUACGGAAUGCCAGUGAAUUGUUUGACAAAAUGCCUCAACGAGAUGUCGUCUCGUGGACAGCAAUGGUUGCAGGGUAUUCGCAUAAUUGUCUUGUUGAUAAGGCCCUCGUGAUUUUUAAACAAAUGCCUUGGCGAAACAUGGUUGCUUGGAAUGCUAUGAUUGCGGGGUUUUCGCAAAAUGGUUUUUGUGAAGAAGCCCUGGACCUUUUUCAGCAAAUGCAAUUGGCAGGUGUGAACCCUGGGUGCAAAACCUUUGCUAGUAUUCUCCCUGCUUGCGCUAACUUGGUGGCUUUGGAAAAGGGUAUGGAGAUCCAUGGGAAAAUAGUUGUCAGUGGGUUUGAUUCUAAUGUUCUUCUGGUGAAUGCCCUCAUAGACAUGUAUGCAAAAUGCGGGAUUAUGUUCCAGGCCUGUAAACUGUUUGAGAGAAGUCCUCAUCUAGAUGUUGUGUCAUGGAAUGUAAUGAUUGCUGGGUAUGCACAGAAAGGACUUGUGAACGAGGCCUUGGUGAUGUUUAAUAAAAUGCCUCAAAGAGAUGCGGUCUCGUGGAAUACAAUGAUUUCAGGCUUUGUGCAAAAUGGAUUUGUUGAUGAGGCCAUGAAACUCUUCAAUGAAAUGGGUUAUAAAACCGCUAUUUCAUGGAAUAUAAUAAUUGCAGGAUUAGGACAAAACGGUUAUAGUGAGGAGGUAUUGGAGUUAUUUCAACAGAUGCAAUUGGCAGGUGCUGCACCAGACUCCAGAACUUUUGCCAGUACUCUCUCGGCUUGUGCUCAACUGGCGGCUGUAGAGCAGGGUUUGGAGAUUCAUGGAAAACUAAUUACAGAUGGGUUUCAAUCCGAUGUCAUGCUGCUGAAUUCGCUUAUAGACAUGUAUGCGAAAUGCGGCAACUUACAAAAGGCUUGUGAUAUAUUUGACAAAAUAUAUUGCAGAGAUGUGGUUUCCUGGAAUGUAAUGAUUGCUGGAUAUUCACAGAAUGGUCUUGUUGAUAAGGCUCUUCAUCUCUUUAUGCAAAUGCCUCAACGAAAUCUAGUCUCCUGGAAUACAAUAAUUUCAGGGCUUGCACAGAAUAAAUUAGGUGAGGAAGCCCUGAAAUGUUUUCAACAAAUGCAUUUACAAGGUGUAAAGCCAGACUCAAAAACCUUGGCCAGCAUUCUUCCACUCUGUGCAAAGUUGGCAGCUAUGGAUCUGGGUAUGGAGAUCCAUGAAAAAGCGAUUGUAAAUGGACUUCUGUCUGACAUCUUUGUGACAACUGCUCUUUUAGAUAUGUAUGCACAAUGCGGGUGCAUGGAGCACUCAUGGAAACUAUUUAAAAGCAUUCAUCAGGGAGAUCCAAUCUCUUGGAAUGCAAUGAUUACAGGAAAUGCUAAUAAUGGACUUCUUGAUGUGGCCCUAAAACUAUUUAAUGAAAUGCCUCUGCGAAACACUGAUUCAUGGAAUGCAAUGAUUGCAGGGUUUGCACAUAAUGGGCAUUAUGAGAAGGCCUUAAAGCUUUUCUGGCAAAUGCAAGUAGAGGGAAAGAGACCAGACCCAAAAACAUUCACUACAAUACUUCCUGUGUGUGCAAAUAUAGCAUCUGUGGAACAGGGUACAAGAAUUCACCAAGAAAUAAUCAGAAGCAGAUUUUCGAUUGAUGUCAUUGUUAUGAAUGCCCUUAUAGACAUGUAUGCAAAGUGUGGAAAUAUACAAAAAGCCCGAAAACUUUUUUACGGACUCCAUCGUAGAGAUCUGGUCUCAUGGAACAUAAUGAUUGGAGGAUAUGCCAUCUAUGGCUGUGGCAAGGAGGCCAUUGAUCUUUUUGAACAGUUGAAAGUCUUUGGGGUGCACCCAAACCAUGUUACCUUCCUUCAUAUUUUGUCUGCAUGCAACCAUGCAGGAUUAGUCGAUGAAGGUUAUCAACAUUUCCAUUGUAUGUAUGAAUAUUAUAACAUCAAACCUGCAAUGGAACACUAUAUAUGCAUGGUUGAUCUUCUUGGCCGUGCUGGGCAUCUAGCAAAAGCACAAGACUUUAUCAACAAAAUGCCAAUAAAACCUGAUAUUGCUGUAUGGAGUUGUUUGCUCGGUGCUUGUAGAAUGCACAACAACGUAGAUUUAGGAGAAUUUGUGGCAAAACAUCUUUUUGAAUUGAACCCUAAAAACACAGCACCUUAUGUGCUGCUCUCAAACAUUUAUGCUGUAGCUGGCAGAUGGGAUGAGAUUGAAAAGGUGAGAAAAUUGAUGAAAGAUCGAGGAGUAAAAAAAACUCCUGGAUGCAGUUGGAUUGAGAUUGAUAAAGAGAUGCACACCUUUGUUGCAGGAGACAGAUUACUGAAAAUUCUACAGAGUUGAAGGAAUCUAAUAGUUUGGAUAAAACAUUAUUUUGUAAGGAGAAUAGAAAAUUAUGGGAGCGAGUUGAGAAUUCAAGCAAACUGGCUUUCAGCUGACUUAGGUAUAGGUGUUACACAGGCAUGAAGGAGAUACUUGCAUCAAUCCUUGAUGCUGCUUGUGAAAGCUGGUUACAUCCUAUAACUUCUAACUACAAUUCAAAAACAAGAAGGUUAUCGCCCAUCCCAUUAAAAGCGUGGUUUUGUCAUACAAUACCGUCCAAUUCUAUUUACUAAUGGGACUAAGAUCUAGUAUACAAACUUGUCAUGAUCCGUGCAACUAAGCUUCUCAACAGCUAUGCACUUGUAAUAUAAAGUAUGCCAUAGGACUGGCCAUUCCUUAUGGUUGUAUUAGGCUCAAUACAAAGCCUAAAAGUAAAAAACUGCACAUAGUUUGUUAUUUUAGAGUCAAAGUUUUACAAUAACAAACAGUGUAUUGGCCGUUUAGGCUUUACCCAAACGAAGCAAAAUGAAAUUAAGUACUCUCAAGAGUGGAUUAUGUAAAGAUGACAUGGCAAACCUUUCGAACUUAUAAUUGCUGUAAAGAUCUCAUAAUUUAGUUCUUCUAGAACGCCUUUCAUUGAAGCAACCGUGAAGCCUCUCUCGAAAACCCAGAGAUGGAGCACAAGGUCAACCAGAUUUUAUUUUCAUGCAUCGC